GAAAGAUGACAUCUUUAUUUGUUGCGGUUUUUAGUAUUCUAGCAAUAGUAAUUGUUAGCGAAGCUGGUGAUACACCAACUCCAACUACAACUUGCAAGUGGACACAAUACCCAGUAAAUGGGUACAAAGAUUUGGCGAAAGCAUUGAAAAAAUAUCUGUGUGACCUGUUUCAUGAAGAUUUUAAAGUCAAAAUCAUCAUUGCAGUUCAAUGUUCAAUUCCGGACUAUAAUCAAAUCAGGGUGUAUUUCAUACUAAAAAGAAAGGGACAGAAGGAUCGGUUGUAUUAUGCUGACUUGGAAAUAGGUAUUACAGGAAAACUCGUAGUUAAAAAUGUCGACGAUUUAGGACCAUAUGAGUAUCCAGGCAAAUCAAGUUCCAGUUCAUCCAGUUCGGAAGGUUGCAAGUGUUAAUCAAACCAUAUAUUCAUAAUCACUAUUGAACUGUAUGCAGCAAACAUGUUUCGUGGAUAGAAAAAAAAUCCGUAAUAAAGAGACAUCAAUAUUCUUUAAA